AUGGUGGGCGCGGGGACACAAUUGGCGCCUGCAGCUCCAACUGAAAAAGUGAAGUACAAUGCUUUUGGACAAUUCCUCUUCUAUUUGGUCUCUUUCAUCGAAGGUUACGACCAACAGGUGUUGUCCAUGUGUAUGAGGGCUUUCGAGUUAACGUUGGGUUUUUCGCAGUCUCAGUUGUCCACGUUAUCAACUGUGUCUACCAUGUCCCGCAUGGGUUGCUGCUUAAUCUGGGGAUUGUUGGCAGAUAAUCAUCACUCGAAUUAUGUACUCGGCGGUGGUUUGUUAGUGAUGGGUAUGGCUUCAAUUUUCUUAAGUUCAGCGUCGCACUACAAAGUGAUCCUCUUCCUGCGAUUCUUACACGGGUUUGGAUUCGCCUGUGUAUAUCCGGUACAACAGAAAAUAGUUGCAGAUUCAACUGGUUCAGAGGAUUCAAACCAACAGGCGGAGGAAGGCCAGCAUGAUGCAGCUGAUAGUGCAGAGGAAGGGGAGGAAGAAGAAGAUUCGAAGGAAACGAAAGAUGCUAAUGACAUGUUUACGACUUUCCAGGCUCUAAAUUGCAUUGGUAGGUUGAUAUGUGCAGUCAUAACUACGCUUAUCGCACGCAAAGUCUUAUUAGGAUAUUAUGGCUGGCGUACGUCGUACGUUGUGUUGGGAUACGUGUGGAUAUUAUUUGGUAUUGCGAUUGUCUGUGGAAUGCAGGGCAAGUUUAAGAAAUCCAAAGAAGAAUUACCAGAGCUAAUAAAGAAAGCCUUUGAAGAAGUUUUUCAAAAGAAGACGACAGGAAUAUCCAUAUUUACCAUAUUCAUCGCAGAAGCGCCAAUGUGCGCGUUUAAUUAUAUGACCAUCUAUCUGCAAUAUUUGGGAGUGUCUGACACAAUGGCAGGUGUCGCAAUUGCAGUCACAUUGAUUGGCGGCGCAGCGGGAAGUGGCGCGGGAGGAGUAAUUAUAAAGGAAAUAGCGAAAAAACAGAAAUAUUAUGGUGAGCCCGGCGCUGGAUGCGUAGUGAUGAUUAUCCGAUAUGUUGUGUGCUUAUUGUUCUUUUUAGGCCCAGCGCCGCAAGGGAAGCUGCUUUGGUAUCAUUACGUAGAGUUGGCAGUUCUUGGGGCAACAUUAGUGUCGGUUGGUGGUGUUGAUAGGGCCAUAAUGAAGAAAUCAAUUCAAGACAAGUACCAGGCUACGGCAUCUGCCAUAAUUCGAACCAUAUCCGGUAUUGCAAGCAGUGUGAUUCUCUACCAGAUUUCGGCUUAUUUGACCGAAAAAGUUUUUGGUUACGUUCCCUCUCGAGAAUCCUUUGAAACCAUGGCUACUGACAUUAAAGACCGAAAUUCAGAGGCUCUGAGGAAGUCUAUGAUGUAUAUUAUUUUAGCAGGUACAACACUUAAUCUUGUUUGCUAUAUUGCAUACUUUGUGACUUAUUCAACGGAUAGGAUUAAAAAGAAAAAGAAGGCACAAGCAUCAAAGGCGGCACAAUGA